UUACAGAAAGGGUGCAGGGGAAAGAGAGGAUCGUCUGCUGGCUUUCGCUGGAGGAGGUAUCCGGGACUGCACACAGGAGCCAGGAGGAGGAAAGGAAGGGCCACACACCAAAGGGCCACCUAGUACCCUCUUCUGGGAUCUAGAUUGGUUUGGUUCAUUGGUGCCAGAGAGAUUCGUAUCCUCCUGGAGCCUCUAGUCCUCAAGCUAACUUUGUGCAGUAUGACAGACUAACCAGAGGGCCCAGUCUUGGGGAAACAUGUUGCACGCCAAAGUGAAAACAGAGAAGCCAGAUCUGGAGACAGCCAAUGCGCGAAAUCGUCUCGAUGCCGUGCUGCAGUGUCUGCUAGAGAAGAGCGAUGUCGAUCGGGAGCAGAUGGAAGAGGACUCUGGAAAAACACCAUCAGAUGCACUCAGCAAGGACUCGUCACCUACAGCCCCAGGGAAAAGGCCCUCCGCCCGAUUCUCCCAUCACCGCCGAAAGAAGAGGAAGGAAACAGAUGACGGUCUCGCCGAGAGUGGACAGCAGAAGCAGAAUACUUACGUCAUCAAGCUGUUUGACCGGAGUGUCGACCUCGCGCAGUUCUCCGAGAGCACGCCGCUGUACCCCAUCUGCCGGGCCUGGAUGCGCAACAGUCCCCUGGUGCGGGAGCAAGAGCGAUCUCCGAGCCCUACGCUGCCCACCCUACCAGAGGAUGAGGAGGGGGUCGAGGGACUGAACGGGAAGGGUCAGGACGUGUACAAGCUGCCACCUCCGACGCCCUGCCAGACAAACACCUCUGGGGAUCCUGUGAACCUGCGUAUCCCUUCCCCGCUGGAACCAGAGGAAGAAUCAAAAGGAGCUGUUGACAUGGCACCCGAUCCCGUGCCGUCCAUGUCCUCCCUCAUCUACAAGAACAUGGAGCGGUGGAAGAAGAUUAGACAGAGGUGGAAAGAGGCCUCGCACAAGAACCAGCUUCGCUAUGCAGAGAGCAUGAAGAUCUUGAAGGAGAUGUACGAGCGGCAGUGAAAAAGGAUGCAUCUCGUUGUACUCCUGGAUGCCUUCCCCUCUUCCUUUGUGCCCCACAUUCUGCUGGAGUCCCUUAACUUGUGAGUCACUGGGGAUUGCCUUCGCAUGUUGUGUAGCAAUAAAUGCAGUAUUUGGA